CGCGAACUAACCAGUCUCCUCUAUCUUUCCACCUCUUCUUCCACUUCCCUACGCCGGCCCCUCACUUACGACGCUUUAUUUUACUCCAUUACCACCUUGUAGAAUCAUAGUUAGUCACCGUUCAUGCCUCUCAGAAACGUUCUGAGCCCUCUCAACCAAACUGAGAGUGUUCAAAGCAAGAAUGCUGCAUUGAAAGACGCCUCAAAUCUUAAACCUAAUGAGCAUCCAUCCAAGGAGAGAAAUGCUACCGUGGACCUGGUUACCCAAAAUUUUCGUCAUAGGCGUAAAAAGCGUUCAGCAAAGCGCACCACCAAGAAAUCAAAGCAGCCUGUAACCGAUGAGAACCAAAACAUUUUCCUCGAAAACACUGCUGUCAACAAAAACUACAAGGAUGCUGCUCCAACAACUCCAUCCGCGAAACGCACCCAGCUAUUAGACAACAAAUUAUUGUUGACAAAGCGAAAAGUAGCAUUGCAUGAUUUCAACGCGACCAAUGUUUCACCGUCUUCUGUGCCUACCACGGGUGGCAAAGUAUUUUCAGUGAAAAAGCGAAAACUCGUUGGAAGCAAGACUGUGGCAACUAUGAGAACCGAUGAAGAGCCAGUUCAAAAAUUAUCUGAAUCACAAUUGAAAAUUAUGAGUCGUCAUUAUGAAGAAGCUGCUAUUCCUCAGACGCCAAAGAAGCAGCACUUAGUCAUUGACGAAUCUUCUCCAUCUUCCACUGUGGUUACACCCAAGCGACCGUCUUCGUAUGCCCAGCGUCCUCCUGAACCGGAAUCACCUCUUGCUCACCGUCAAAAAUCAUUGACCCCCCUCUCUAGCUCAGCCCUUGAAUCUGUUGAUUUGUCCAAAUUAGAGCCACGCCCUACCAAGCCGCUCCUUUUCCAAACAUGUCAUAAAAUUUGGCCGCAUGGACUUGUUCCUGACAUAACUGUAACCGACAUCAAACCGCUUAGCGUGAUGCUGAAAGAGAGACUUGCUCGUGCAAAGUCCAAGGUAUUCACUAGCCAAAAAAAAUCAAUUACCCGUUAUACCAUCCCCACUUUCUCCCAUACCACUCACAAACCUGGCGACUCGGAUACCACCAUUGGCAAUGCCAAAAACUUUUUCUCUCGGCACCCUAAGUCUCGCACUGCAUCGGCUCCUCGCGCCCAGGAACAUGAACGCAUACACCGUGUUGAGGCCACUAAGUCUAUUUUCAGCCCCCUUCCUGAUAAUGAUUUCAAUGCUAUGGAGCUCGUUACCGAUGCUAAUGGUCGCAUGUCAAUUGUCGUGACCCCACGUUCCAAGUUGCCUCGUCGACAUAUCAACCUGCCUGCCCAUAUUUCCAAACAGCAAGCCACACACAUCCUAUCCGCAGUCGUUGCAACGCCUACGGAUAAUGACAGCUCACUCUCAUCGCUGCCUUUUGAAGAUGAAUGCCCUCAAACACCAUCGCCUAAAUCUUCUCGCCGUCUGAACUCCAAGGUCAUCACUGAUGAUUUCGAUUACACCUGUGCCCAUUGCCAUAAACAGUACAAAAACCUUCGAGGUUUAACGUAUCAUGCUGAAAGAUGCAAAUCCAGAAAUACGCUUCAAAAGAAGAAGAAGAAAAACUUGUAUAAGGCAGCUAAAAGUGACGACGAUGAGUCAGACACAGAGGAAUGGCGUGAUGCUGUCACUAAUUGUAUCUGUGCUGGCUUACACGACGACGACGAAGAAGAAAGUGGACCUAUGGUUCAAUGCGAUAAAUGCGAAUCAUGGCUACAUUUAGAUUGUAUUGGCCUGGAUGAAGAUCACCUGGAAGAAGAAUAUUUUUGCCCCAGAUGCAAAGGAGACUAUGUCAGCCCCACCGCAUCCUGUCAUCGAUCCACUGGAGGCAAAACGGUAGCAGGCGCACUUGAAGCCCAACUUAAAUUGCAAGCAAGACUCAAAAAGAUCAAAGCCAAACAAUCUGGAAACCGCAGCUUGUUGGAUCGAUUUGUACAAGAAGCGAACAACGCAUACCUUGAAACCAGAAUGAAGCAACGCAAACUGCAUAUUGGAUUGGAGGACGAAGAAGAUGUGGAUACAGAUGAAGAUACUACAGCGUUUGAUGAAAAUCGACCAUUAGAUGAAUGCGAAACCUCUGUAUUUGUUGAAGAGCAAAAUGAUAACUCACCGCCCGCUUUGCAUGUUUGGGAAGGCUUCUCCUUGAAUGUUUCGCCUGAUCCUCACCACGUUUGGGGUCCUCAUAGUGACGCCUUCAACCUUUCUCAGGCAUCAGAUUUCUUUUUGGAUGAUGAGGCAUUAAAUGCCAGUCUCUCGCAAGAUACCCUUCCUGUAUCUUCUGUCUCCAAUAAUUGUCUACCUGCUCCUCCACCACUCUCUGCUGAAUCCAGUGAUUUUGGCCAUAUCACUACUCCUGCUGAUAUGGUUGCACUUAGCCUCAAGCAGCAACAGCAACCAUCGUCCGAUAUCUAUAUGGGAUCCCUCAUUGAUGAUGAUGAUGUCGGCACAUCCUUUGCGUCUCCUAUGACGGAUGGCGAAGACCGUCACUGGAACCCUAUGAUCAAAGCAUCCCCAUACUUGUACAUGGACGACACUGAUGCCAUCACGCCCUUUGCCCUCAAGAUGGGUGAUGCUGGUUACUUUGAUUUGAGCAGCGCUUUGCCACUCAACACUGAUGCGACCGCUGCCCUUGACACCUGGCUGGUCACCGGUGACAAUGGCGAUGUUGUGACUGAUGCCUUGGAACAGGAUUUCGAUGGCUUGAUUAACUUGGAUGCAUGAACCGGUUGAUACCUCCAACAAUUUGAACAAUUUGCCUGAACAGAAGGUUGAUUGCCCACCAAUUUAUUUUAUCUGUGCCAUGUUCCUCUAUUAUUACCCACCCCCCUUCCCUCCUCCCCUCAGAAAAAAAAAAAGAA